AAGCAACCCACCCUACAUACACGCUACUUUGUAGUGUGACGUCGUAUAAAGAAAAUCCGGUUUUGAUCCCCACAAGGAAGUUGAAUAAUAUUUUCAAUCAGCAACAUGAUUUGGAAAUACGGAUUAUUAUUAACAUUGUUUCUCAUAUAUUCAUCAUUCAUUAAGGACAUUUCCUCGGAUUCUAUGUGUUUCUACAACUUGACAGCAAACUCCACCGUCCAGACAUUUACCUCCCCUGGCUAUCCAAAUCACUAUGACAAUAAUGAGCGGUGUGAGUGGCUAAUACAGGCGGAGUCCAGCAAUCUGACAAUCAUCGCAGAGCUGGUCGAGUGUCGGACAGAAGGCAGAAUCUACGACUUUAUCUCUGUAUACAAUGGACCUGACAGGAACAGUACCAGAAUCGCCCUGUGGGGUGGAACUGUGCAGAACACGCUCACAGUUCCCAGCAGUGGAAACAGGAUGUACAUUUCCUUCCAGUCAGACAGCUCCGUAACCAAUCGAGGUUUCGUCAUCAGAUAUUACCAGUCCAAUAACGCAGGUGAGUUUGUUGUCACUGUUUGCAUCAGUCGCGAGACUGCGAAACACAGUGAUAUAAAGUCUACUUCAAAACGUUCAUGUAAUAAUCCAUAA